AUGGCGCGACUCGAAACACUACCCUCGGAACUCAUCCUUCUCAUUGCGGAAGCAUGUACCUUAGGCCCCCGUCCCAAGCGCCCUAGGCUGUUUGGACCUGGUGGAAAUUACCAUCAGCGGCCCAAGAGAUCGGUGCAAAUGUUUGGCAGGUAUUAUGCCCGAUACCACGCGGCACUGGCCCGCGUCAACCGUCGUUUCCACGAUCUCUUGAACGGUCCGCUGUACACGCGCAACUUGCUCCACGACCCCAUGUCUGCUUCUUGUCUGCUGUUUGCAGCCGAGACGGACCGCGUAGAGACGUUGCAGCUGGCUCUUCGCUAUGGCGCGGACCUGAACAAAAUCGGUGACGAGAAGUUUCCCGAGGAGUUGCAGCCAUUUCACGCCGCACUCGCCGCGCGUAGUAGCCGCGCCGUCGAAUUCAUGCUAAAACAUGGGGUUGAUGUCCAUCUGCCGUCCAGUCUGCCACCUCCCGCUGAAUGCGGGUACGAUGCUAGCCGCAGUGUCGGGUGGCUACCACGGAACCGAAACGUGAUGAAACUCAACAAAACUGCAUAUCCCCUGUAUACAGCUGUUGUGUAUGGGACCACGGAGGAUGUGGCCAGCCUGAUUGAUCACGGCGCGUACCUGGUUGCGAAGGGAGUAUCUGCUCUCAGGGUCUUGGAUAACCAAGGGUGGCCCGACCUUGUCGAGAAAAUCUCCCAACGCACCGAUCCUGUAACGCUUCGUGCCCGUCUUCACCGUGCUGCUGCCGCUCAUGACAUGGACCGCAUACGAGAAAUUUUCAAGUACAAGAUCUACGCGGGUGACCUGGAUCGCGACAGACAGAACGUCCUUCACAUGGUGAUCCGAGCACGGAAAAAGGAGAACCUACCUCUGAUCGAGCUCCUUCUCCAGCGGCCUGAUAUAGACGCUGCCAUGGAGGAUAAUGAUGGCAUUACACCCAUCUUCGCCGCCAUCACAAGGCGUCAUAUCAACACAGUCAAACGCCUCAUGGAAGUGCCCAGUGUCCGUAUCACUGGUACGACGGUAAACCGCGAGACUGCUUUACAUCUAGCCCUUGAGACACAAGACCCGGUGCUGAUCGAGUACGUGCUCAGUCAGCCACACAUCCGCCUCGACGCGGUAGAUAUUCAAUUCCGCAGUGCCCUAUCUCUCGCCUCUCAAAUGGGGCGUGAAGACAACGCCUUUGCUACGAUCAAACUUCUGCUCGCUAGAGGGGCACCGUUAGAUGAUGCAACACAGGGUGAAAUCCUUUAUGAACUCGUAAAGCAAGGAUACCUGCGGAUAGCUUUGUUUCUUCUCGGAAAAGGCCUCAUUACCACGCCAAAUUUCUUGGGGCAUUCAUACGAGCACGACCAGCUCAUACUCCUCACUCUUCUAGAAGAGCCUCACGAGUUAUUGAUAGACGUGCUCAAGAAGCUGAUUGCUCUUGGGGUCGAUGUCGGCCAAGUAGCAGAACCAAGGUAUUCUAGACCAAAUCGUUUCAAGGCCACGCCGCUGUUUGUGGCUGCUACCGGUGCACAGAGCAUGGAGAGCAUGAAGCUUCUGGUCGCCGCCGGCGCUAUCGUAACUGACCCGGAUGUCAGCGGCUUGACCAUGCUUCGAAACAUCUUCGCAAACUUCUGGGGCUGGGAGCCGCCGUCGGACGACCCUGACGUUGAGGCUUACGCGGAGCGGAUCUGCCUCUUUCUUGAACUCGGCGCGACAAUGGGGCGCGAGGCCGCCAAGCCGCAGACCACUGCUUUAAGUUAUGCUUGCGAGGCGGCAACGGACGAAUCUUGCCGACUGCUCGCGUUGUUGUUGGACAAUGCGACGGCAGCCAAUGUUGACGAGAGCGUUGUCCGUGCGCUUAUAUCUCAUUACGAAUCUGAUGAGAAACGGGAAGAACCCAAGGCAAAGGAGAUUGUUCGUCGACUUGAAGCCUUUGGAGCAAAAGUGUUUCCCAAAUAA